UUGAAACUGUACAUUACCUCGACGUCGCUUUUCCGUCAUUCCUCGGAUCUACUUUCUCAAGAACCAAACAACCAUAUACAGAUUUAGCGUCUUCCACACGCACCAAUCCCUAACCGAAAACUCCCUCUCAACUCUCAAUACAAAAAAUUUCUCUUUCACGUCCACAGUCGACUUCAUCCAAUCCACAAAAACCACAAUUUUCGACCACUUUCCGGGAACCAAACACUCCGACAAGCCACAACCACACCGAAUCCCAAAUCACCCUCAUGAACUGAAAUCCAAAACCCUAGGGCUCGGUUCUCGGCUCGGCGUUGCAAUGGACAAGGAAACCGAAAUCCUCUCGCGCUUAGCCGCAAACCAUCUCUAUCUCGCCCAAUUUGAGCCUCUUCGAGCGAUUGUCGUCGCUCUCCGAGCUCGAAACCCCGACGUCGCUCUUGCCGUGCUCCAAACCAUCGUCGCUCACUCGGGUCGCUUCGACAACAUUCUCUGGUCAAAAUCAUGCCCAUCACCAGCUCUGCUCACUUACUUAUCGACCCUUGAACUGUUGCAAUUCGAUAACGCUUCGUCGGUAUGGAGCUUCGAUCCCGAAACCCUGCGAUUGCGCGCCGAGUUCUUGUUGUUAGUUCAGAAUUUGAUCGACCGCGUCUCGGAGAGUAUGCGGAAGAAUUUUGAUUUGGAGAGCAUAGAGAAAGAGAAGGAGAAAGAAGGAUUAGGCGAGAGCGAGAGUUUCGAAGAGCGAGCAGAGUUUUUGGGUAAGAGUGAGGAUACUGGCAAGGAUUUGAGAGAUGCCAGUGGUGAAUUGGAUAGCUGUGUGAGAAUUUUGGAUAGGAUUUUGGAAUUGGGCGUAAAUAGAUUGAAGCCAGACUCCGUAGCAGUAGGUGCUGCUGAUACUGAUGGUGGGAGUGAAAAUGAGGCUGCAGGCGUUGUACCUAUUGAGGAAGGCGAAUUGAUGUGUUUGAGGAGCGUAGUUUGGGAGAACCGUGAUGUUUUUGACGCCUUGUGUUGGAAUAUACAGAGCCAAGUGAGGGGAUGGGAGGGAUAUGAUUCUUCGGGUUUAGCAAUAACGUUGAGGAGGGAUGAAAAUGCAGGGGAAAUGUCCAAGGAGGAUUUGAAGGUUCUUGGUUUGAUACAAAGGAGUGUUCAGUUAGCUCACUUGGAUGCUAUGAAAGAGUGCACGAAGGAUGGUGAUGUGGAUGGAGUGGUUUCGCGUAUUCAUUUUCUUCACCUUGAUUAUGGAGUGGAGGAGACUGAGUAUAGCAUGGUUUUGCAAGAUCUCCUCAAGAUGGUGUCAUCACGAAAGGAGGGAUAUGGAGAUUCUUGGCGUAACAUGCGAGAGAAAUUACUGUGGAUUUAUAGCACGGCUAUUGCAUCAAAUUGUGGACAUCUUGUCGAAAUGAUACAAGCUCUUCAUGACGACUUACUCUCAAAAGAGAUUGAGGUGUACAGAUCUCUUGAUAACAACCAGAUUCCACCACCUCUGGAACGUCUUCAAAGAUAUCAUGCAGAAUUGAAUCCUGAUACAGAAACUUCUACCUUCAACACUGUAGUCGGAUUUUGCAUGAGAGACAUGUAUCAUUAUGCUCGUGUUUCGGGUUUACAUGUCCUUGAAUGUGUCAUGGACACUGCUUUGUCUGCUGUAAAGAGAGAGCAGCUUCAAGAAACUAGCAAUAUUCUUUUAUUGUUUCCCCGCCUUCAGCCCCUGGUAGCCGCCAUGGGUUGGGAUUUAUUAUCUGGAAAAACUACAGCACGAAGGAAAUUAAUGCAACUGCUGUGGAGAAGUAAAUCACAAGUUUUUCGGCUGGAAGAAUCUUCUCUUUAUAGUAAUCUAUCAGAUGAGGUAUCUUGUGUGGAAUAUCUUUGUGAUUCUUUAUGUUAUCAGCUUGAUCUGGCCUCUUUUGUUGCCUGCGUCAAUUCGGGUCAAUCAUGGAAUUCAAAAUUAUCAUUGAUGUUGUCUGCUAAAGAACAAAUAGCAUUCAGUAGUGAAGAUCACCAGUUAGACCCUUUUGUUGAGAAUUUCGUACUGGAAAGGCUUUCGGUUCAAAGUCCACUUCGGGUAUUGUUUGAUGUUGUUCCAGGCAUAAAGUUUCAGGAGGCUAUUGAAUUGAUCAGCAUGCAGCCAAUUUCUUCAACUUUAGAAGCCUGGAAGAGGAUGCAGGAUAUUGAACUUAUGCACAUGCGGUAUGCUCUAGAUUCAGCUGUUCUUGCGGUUGGAGUGAUGGAAAGGACUAUGACUGGUGAAAGAGAAAGUCUUCAUCAAGUUGCAUUUGACCAUUUGAAAGAUCUGCAGAACCAUUUGGAGGCUGUCAAUGACAUCCCUCGCAAGAUCAUGAUGGCGAAUGUCAUAAUUUCGCUUUUACAUAUGGAUGAUCUUUCUCUCAAUUUGGCUCAUUGUGCCUCACCAGGGAGCUAUUCUGAAUCACAUUACACAUGUUCUUCAGAACAAACUGAUCUAACACGUGAAGAGGGAAACAAAUUGGUUGUGUCUUUCACGGGGAAACUACUUGGUAUAUUACAUCACUGUCUUCCUACAACUAUAACUGAACUAGAUCAUGCUCUAAGUGAUGGCGUAAGUAGGGGUGGAAGACAAGCAUUGGAGUGGAGAGCGUCAAUUGCUAAACAUUUCAUUGAAGAGUGGGAAUGGCGGUUGUCAAUUUUGCAGCGUCUUCUUCCUUUAUCUGAACGCCAGUGGCGGUGGAAGGAGGCAUUAACUGUAUUACGUGCCGCACCAUCUAAGCUCCUUAACCUUUGCAUGCAAAGAGCAAAAUAUGACAUUGGGGAAGAAGCAGUGCAUCGGUUUUCAUUGUCUGCAGAAGAUAAAGCUACCCUCGAAUUAGCUGAGUGGGUGGAUAGUGCCGUCAGAAGACAAUCUGUAGAAGAUGUAGUCUCUCGUGCUACUGAUGGUGGGACUUCUACAAUACAUGAUCUGAAUUUUUCUUCGUUGCGCUCCCAGUUAGGUCCUUUGGCUGCAAUUCUUCUUUGUAUUGACGUUGCUGCUACUUCUGCUCGGUCUGCAAAGAUAUCCCAACAGCUUUUGGAUCAGGCUCAAGUUCUGCUGUCUGAGAUAUAUCCAGGAGUUUCUCCAAAGAUAGGCUCCACUUACUGGGAUCAGAUCCUUGAAGUGGCAGUUAUUUCUGUUUUAAAACGAAUCCUUAAGCGUUUACAUGAGUUCUUGGAUCAGGAUAAUCCUCCAGCCCUUCAGGUCACUUUGUCCGGCGAGAUUAUUAUUGCCUCACCAAAGGAAUCCCACCGACUAGGACAACGGGAACGUGUUCUUGACAUGCUACAUCAUAUGAUUGAGGAUGCUCACAAGGGCAAGCGGCAGUUUCUCAGUGGUAAGCUCCAUAAUCUUGCAAGAGCUGUGGCUGAUGAAGAAACAGAGCUAAAUUUCUAUAAAGGAGAAGGCCCAUCUGCUGAACAGAAGGUUCUUUCUGAUCUUGACAAAGACGGAGUUUUUGGACUUGGGCUAAGAGUUGCCAAGCAGAUACCUUCAAGUUCUGCAAUUGGAGAAACAAGUGUGCAGCCUGUUGGUUAUGAUGUAAAGGACAGUGGGAAGAGAUUUUUUGGUUCAUUAAGUACCAAACCCAUGACAUAUCUUUCACAGUUUAUUCUCCAUAUUGCUGCAAUUGGUGACAUAGUUGAUGGAACUGAUACAACUCAUGAUUUCAACUUUUUUUCACUCGUGUAUGAGUGGCCCAAAGAUCUUUUAACCCGUCUUGUCUUUGAUCGAGGCAGCACUGAUGCAGCUGGUAAGGUAGCUGAGAUUAUGUGUGCAGAUUUUGUGCAUGAAGUAAUUUCAGCAUGUGUACCUCCAGUUUAUCCCCCACGAUCUGGUCAUGGGUGGGCUUGCAUUCCGGUCACUCCCACCUUCCCUAAAAGUGGCUCAGAAAAUAAAGUAUUGUCCCCCUCUUUCAAAGAAGCGAAGCCUAAUAGUUACUGCCGUUCCUCAUCAUUGCCUGGAAUUCCUCUAUACCCUUUAGAGUUAGAUAUAGUAAAACAUUUGGUUAAACUAUCCCCAGUGAGGGCGGUAUUAGCAUGUGUUUUUGGGAGUACCAUUUUGUACAAUGGCAGUGAUUCUUCUAUAUCGAGCUCCUUGGACGGUGGAUUGCUGCAGGCACCUGAUGUUGACCGGUUGUUUUAUGAGUUUGCUAUUGAUCAAUCUGAGAGGUUCCCAACUUUAAACCGAUGGAUACAAAUGCAAACUAACCUUCAUCGAGUUUCGGAGUUUGCUGUAACCAUUAAGCAAACUGCCGAUGGUGGUGAGGCUAGAGCUGAAGCAAGAGCUAUCAAGAGACUACGUGAGAUUGAUAGCGAUACUGAGUCAGAAGUUGAUGACAUUGUUGGUAGCAGUAGUGUUUCAACAGCUUUACCAGACGCCAGUGGCCAAGAUGGUGCAGCUACUGAACCUUGGGAUGGUUCUUCAAAAUCUGACGUUGCUGAGCUUGACACUUCAGUUUUCCUUUCUUUUGAUUGGGAAAAUGAAGAACCAUAUGAGAAAGCUGUACAACGAUUGAUAGAUGAUGGAAAACUCAUGGAUGCUCUUGCACUUUCUGAUCGCUUUCUACGUAAUGGAGCUUCAGAUCAAUUACUUCAGCUAAUCAUUGAAUGUGGGGAAGAAAAUCAUUCAGUCGCUGGACUCUCUCAGGGUUAUGGAGGCAAUAGUAUCUGGAGCAAUAAUUGGCAGUAUUGCCUGCGGUUGAAGGAUAAACAAGUGGCUGCUAGACUUGCUCUCAAGUAUAUGCAUAGAUGGGAGUUGGAUGCUGCUUUGGAUGUUCUCAUAAUGUGCAGCUGCCACCUACCUCAAAAUGAUCCCAUUAGGAAGGAGGUCAUGCAUAUGAGACAAGCUUUGCAGAGGUACAGCCACAUUCUAAAUGCAGAUGAGCACUUUAGCAGCUGGCAAGAGGUUGAAGCAGAGUGUAAGGAAGAUCCUGAGGGGUUAGCACUUAGAUUAGCUGGAAAAGGAGCUGUUUCUGCUGCUUUAGAAGUGGCUGAAAGUGCAGGAUUAUCCAUAGAAUUGCGGAGGGAACUGCAGGGCCGGCAACUUGUAAAACUUUUGACUGCGGAUCCUCUCAGUGGUGGAGGUCCAGCAGAAGCUUCACGAUUUCUUUCUUCCCUACGUGACUCAGAUGAUGCCCUACCAGUUGCCAUGGGUGCAAUGCAGCUUUUACCUGAUUUGCGGUCAAAGCAGCUGCUUGUUCAUUUCUUCCUGAAGCGAAGAGAAGGGAAUCUUUCGGAUGUUGAGGUUUCUCGGCUUAACUCAUGGGCCUUAGGUCUUCGUGUUCUGGCUGCCUUGCCAUUGCCAUGGCAGCAAAGAUGUUCUUCCUUGCACGAGCACCCACAUUUGAUACUUGAGGUUCUUCUGAUGAGGAAACAGCUACAGUCUGCUGCAUUGAUUCUCAAAGAAUUUCCUUUGUUGAGAGACAAUAAUGUCAUUAUUGCCUACGCUGCUAAAGCUAUUUCUAUCAGUAUUAGCUCACCUCCAAGAGAAUAUCGAGUAUCUGUUUCGGGGACUAGAUUAAAGCAGAAAACAAGAACAGGUGCUCCUGUGAGGUCUUCUUUCACUAGCAGUCUAAAUAACUUGCAAAAAGAGGCUCGCAGAGCUUUCUCUUGGGCUCCACGAAAUACUGGAGACAGGGCCACCCCAAAAGAUGUUUACCGUAAAAGAAAGAGUUCUGGAUUGACAUCAUCGGAAAAAGUAGCUUGGGAGGCCAUGGCUGGUAUCCAGGAGGAUCGUGCUUCAUCAUAUUCUGUUGAUGGGCAAGAACGGCUUCCUGCUAUUUCAAUUUCUGAAGAAUGGAUGCUAACUGGUGAUUCAACGAAGGAUGAAGCUGUUCGUGCAUCUCACCGAUAUGAAAGUGCCCCUGACAUUACCCUUUUCAAGGCUCUGCUUUCUCUAUGUUCUGAUGACUCUGUCUCUGCAAAGAGUGCAUUGGAUUUGUGUGUUAAUCAGAUGAAGAAUGUGCUGAGCUCCCAACAAUUGCCAGAGAAUGCAUCUAUGGAAAUAAUUGGUCGAGCAUAUCAUGCCACAGAGACGUUUGUACAGGGGCUACUUUAUGCUAAAUCCCUGCUGAGAAAGCUUGUGGGUGGCAGUGAUUUGUCGAGUAAUUCUGAAAGAAGUAGGGACGCUGAUGAUGUAUCCUCUGAUGCUGGUAGCUCCAGUGUGGGCAGUCAGUCCACAGAUGAGCUAUCUGAAGUUCUCUUGCAGGCAGACAUUUGGCUAGGACGUGCUGAGCUGCUCCAGAGCCUCCUGGGAUCCGGAAUUGCUGCUUCUCUAGAUGAUAUUGCCGAUAAAGUCUCAUCUGCUUGUCUCCGUGAUAGGUUGAUUGUAGAUGAACGGUACAGCAUGGCUGUAUAUACAUGCAAAAAGUGCAAGAUUGAUGUUGUCCCUGUUUGGAAUGCAUGGGGACAUGCUUUGAUUCGGAUGGAGCACUAUGCACAAGCUCGUGUGAAGUUCAAGCAAGCUCUUCAGCUAUACAAGGCCGAUCCUGCACCUGUCAUUCUUGAGAUCAUCAAUACAAUCGAGGGAGGUCCGCCGGUUGAUGUUUCAGCUGUUCGUUCCAUGUAUGAACAUUUGGCUAAAAGUGCACCAACAAUCUUGGAUGAUUCGCUUUCUGCUGAUUCAUAUCUCAAUGUGUUGUACUUGCCUUCCACAUUUCCUCGUUCAGAGAGAUCCAGGCGUUCUCAUGAAUCUGCAAAUAAUAAUUCCACAUAUAUUUCAGACUUUGAAGAUGGACCACGCAGCAACUUAGACAGUGUUCGGUAUGUUGAGUGUGUCAACUAUUUACAAGAAUAUGCACGACAGCAUUUGCUCAAUUUCAUGUUUAGGCAUGGCCAUUACAAUGAUGCUUGCAUGCUGUUUUUUCCUCCAAAUACUGUUGCCCCACCUCCUCAGCCAUCAACAGUGGGGGUGGCAUCUUCGUCCUCAUCCCCUCAAAGACCAGACCCUUUGGGAACUGAUUAUGGGACUAUUGACGAUUUGUGUGAUUUGUGUAUUGGUUAUGGCGCAAUGCCUAUUUUGGAAGAAGUGAUUUCAGAAAGAAUGACAUCUGCAAACCCGCAAGAUGUAGCAGUAAACCAGUAUACCGCUGCAGCCCUUGCCCGUAUUUGCAUCUAUUGUGAAACUCAUAGGCAUUUCAAUUAUUUAUACAAGUUCCAGGUUAUUAAGAAGGACCACGUUGCUGCUGGACUUUGCUGCAUCCAAUUGUUUAUGAACUCAUAUUUGCAAGAGGAAGCUAUAAAACACUUGGAAAAUGCCAAGAUGCACUUUGAUGAAGCGUUAUCAGCACGAUACAAAGGUGGAGAUUCUACUAACCUUGUGACGAAGGGUGUUAGAGGAAAACGUGCCUCUGAAAAGCUCAGUGAAGAAGGACUUGUCAAGUUUUCGGCUCGGGUAGCAAUUCAGGUCGAAGUUGUGAGAUCCUAUAACGAUUCAGAUGGACCUCAUUGGAAACAUUCACUUUUCGGAAAUCCAAAUGAUCCUGAAACAUUCAGGAGAAGGUGCAAAAUUGCUGAGUCUCUUGUGGAAAAGAACUUUGAUUUGGCUUUCCAAGUGAUUUAUGAAUUCAAUCUUCCAGCUGUGGAUAUAUAUGCUGGGGUAGCUGCAUCUCUCGCCGAGAGAAAAAGAGGUAGUCAACUGACAGAAUUCUUUAGAAACAUAAAAGGGACCAUUGAUGAUGAUGAUUGGGACCAGGUCCUGGGUGCUGCAAUUAACGUAUAUGCCAACAAGCACAAAGAACGCCCUGACCGUCUCAUUGACAUGUUGACCAGUAGCCACAGGAAGGUUCUGGCUUGUGUGGUUUGUGGUCGUCUAAAAAGUGCAUUCCAAAUUGCUUCUCGUAGUGGAAGUGUAGCUGAUGUCCAAUAUGUAGCUCAUCAGGCAUUACAUGCUAAUGCACUUCCUGUGCUCGAUAUGUGUAAACAAUGGUUGGCCCAGUACAUGUGAAAUGUUGCUCAAGGAAAUUACGACCAAUACAAAUUAGGGUUGGCCUGUUUAGUUAGUUUUCAAACUUUGCUGCACUCAGAAAGGUUGAAAGCCAUGGAGCCUGGUCAAAGAUAGUGGAACCAGUUGCUACUAGAACGGCAUGGUGCUGAAUCUGAUAACUGGUGAUACAUGAACUUUGAACACAUAAGGCAUUUGUCUUCCUUGGCGUUUGCUCCUGCCACAAAUUUUUGUUUUGUAUUGUAUUGUCCCACCGGCAUUGCCGAAGCUGCUAUUGACGCAUUGAGUUAGCUGUGUCUUAUUGAGAAUGUUCGGCAACUUUGCUCAAGUUUGAAAACAUGCAUAGGGAACAUCAUAUUAAAAGGCCGAACGGAUAUCGAAAAUAAUUCGUGCAAGUAUGAGUGCACA